AUGGUUUUCAACUCUUCCUGCCAAUUCCAUUGGAUCCUUCGAGGAAUUUGGAGAAAAGUUCCUUCUGAAUUUUGCAACCAACAAAAGCAUCCAAAAUCCGAGUUCGCACUGAGGAAGAUACGACAACAACCCAGAGAAACCCUCCAGAGGUAUCUCAACCGAGUCAAGGAUGCUGCCUUGCAAGUGUCGGGUUUACAGGAGAAUGUCCACGUCCACCUCAUUGUGGCUGGCAUAGAUGGAUCAUAUAGGCUAGCCAAGUCGGUCUACAAAGACCCUGUGAGGACGCUGGAAGAGUUCAGAACUCGUUCCAAGAAAUACUUGGAACUCGAACAAAUGGAGAUAGCAAAUGCGCUAUCAGAGGAAGGUAAAAGAGCAAGCCCAAGAAGGAGGAGCCCGACACCAAGAGAAAAGGAACGACCUGAUAAUAAAAAUAAAGACUCAAGAAGCAGGAUCUUGGAUGAUAGAGACCGGGUUGGAAGAUAUGAGGAGUAUACACCGUUGAAUGCCUCACGCUCUCAAAUUUGGAGGGAAGUGGCAAUGACGGAGAUGAAAAAAGUUGACAGACCUCGGCCCAUAUUUGAUAGGGGAGGUUUGGAUAAGUCCAAGUACUGUGCCUUCCACGAUGGACCGGGUCACAACACUGAUCAAUGCUGGGAUCUCGGAGAUGCUCUGGAGAAAUUUGUUAGAGAAGGAAAACUACGUCAGUAUGUGAUCAAAACUCUGGGUGCAAAAAAUAACAAAAGAAAGUUCGAAAAAGGAGCAAGAAUCUGUGGAGCUCUGGGAGGAGGAGGAGAUACUGUAAGUGCUAGGCGAAAGUACCUAAAAGAAGUGCUGUCGAUCCGGGAUCGUCCUAAAUUUAAGGAGGACCCCAGUAAACCAGACCCUCCUCUGCUCUAUUUCACAAAGAAAGAUAUGCAAGGUGUCUUCCCAGGGCACGUAGAUGGUUUGGUCGUCAUCGAAACCUUGGUGAAUUGCCGAGUUAAUAAGAUCUUGAUAGAUGCAGGAAGCAGUGCCGACAUCAUACUUUGGGGUGCCUUCAAAAAGAUGAACCUUGAUGAGGUGGACCUCUAA